GACCUCAGUGCACAGUCGCGCCAAACCUCGUCCACUGAAAACACGCUCGCAUUGUUAACUAUCUGGAGAAGUUUCUUUAUUCAGCAGUUGGGGCUACUUCCAUAAGUUUCGUGUUUCAGGAGCAGUAAUCCAAGAUGUCGCACACGGUGACCAUUACGCGUACGACGGCAGUGUCUUCGGGCAACUCAGGCAAUUUCCUCUACAUCAAUAGCGGCUACGUGUCUAGUUUGCCUGGUCUGCUUAAAUUGGCCCAACUGUUACUGGGUGCAGCGUGCGUAGGAGUAAUGACCUACUAUUAUGACCACAGUUACUCCAAAGUUUUGCCAAAAGCUGAAUUAUUCUUCCUUCUGGUUGCUGUGGCCUUCCUAAUUGGAACAUUUUGCCUUUAUAUAUCCUACCUGAUAUCAUUGUCUACCGCUACAAUGAUUUCGAAAACUGUUUAUGAGGUGAUAUAUCACGGUCUGGCAUUCAUUUUGUACCUAGCUGCUGGCAUUGUCUUGAUAACUGAAGUAAAUCAGAACAAACGAUCCAGCACCUACGAGCCGUAUCUAGCAGCUUCGAUCAUGGGGCUCGUGCUAGCGGGGCUAUACCUGCUCAGCACAGUGUUCGCAAACCGUUCUUACCGUAGCCUUUAAGUUUUCAUCCCAGAGUCGGAGCGCUUAAUUGAGUUAAGCUUUAACUUGUUAUACUUUUUUAUUGAUAAUUAGGUUAGUACCAUAGAAUUGGGAAUAAUAUAGCACUAUAGAAGAGGGACUGAUGUAUUUUGUGUCGCAAGUGAUGACAGAACUACUGUGAAGUGUGAACUUAUAUGUGCACGUUUUGUUUUCAUCUUUCAUUUAAAUUCUGAGAUAUUACAGCGUUAAGUGUGCAGAAAAUUACAUGACGCAAACCUCACACACUCACAUGAUUCUUAAGUUUUUAGGUACUCUUAUCUCUUAUAAUAUAUUUCAAUUGCCUCUAUUAUUCCGAUUUCUAUUAAUAGUACCUAGAUAUAUUUAAGUUUGACUAUUAUUUUUUAUAAGUUUAUUGACAUACAAAGCAAAUAAAUAUCACGUUAGUGCACUAAUUAUUAGUGCUUUUCUUUAGUAAUAUACCGUAAAAUGUGGCAACAUUACCAAACCCGUGGCAAGAUUUCCAUAUUGUAGGUAUUUUACUUAUAGUUGCCUAUCUUAAAAAAUUGCAAUUAAAUAAACGGAGUUUAAAUAGUAGUAUUUUUUCAAUAGCGUAGGGAAACAUUUUUUAUAAUUUUCUUACUGGCAACACUGACGAUUAUUUCAAUAUGGCUGUUCAUUGUCAAGGCGUGGGAAAGCGUCGUCCAACAAUUUUUGUCAAAUUGUGUCUUCAGAACGUAGAAUAAUUGUAAGAGGUGAGUAUUAUUUUGAUAUUGCAUGUAGGAAAUGGUCGGGAUUGCAUCUGAUUAAUUGUUUAAUCGCUACUUUUCUUUUUCAUUGAAAUAUCGGUAGAGGUAAUGUUGUUUGAGGUUAGGUAAAGUUGACACCGACUGCUUUGUGGUAACUUUACCUACAGCUAGGGUUGGCAUAAAUUAGGUAUUUCAUGUACCUAUGUAUGCGUGCUUUGUUUGAUACGUGUGAAUGUUUUGUUUUUAUAUAGGUAUGUGUAUAACAUGAAUAUCCUGCGCUACUAACGCAUAAAAGUGCUUGAAUAACUUCGAUUAUUUUCAUGAUGAUUAUUUUCAUGAGGAGCUCGGUGGCCCGACGGGAGUGCGCAUAACCAGCGCUUUCGCAAAUUAAGCGACACCGGGCGUGGUCUGCACAUGGGUGGGUGCCCACAAGUGGCAUACAAAUUUCUUGAGUUCCUCCGAGCUUCGGAAGGCUCGUAUAAGCCAUUGGUCCCGGCUGUCAUUAUUGUAUUAGGCAGCCUAAAAAAUCUGAUACCAGUGUUGGCCACUAACACACCCAAAAAACAAAACAAAACAAUGAUGGAAAACUAUUAGUACAAAGUAAUUUUAAAUGAAAAAAUGCUCUUAUUAUGUGUAUUUUUAUUUAUUUUUUGUUUCUUGACCUCAGGCUUUUCGGGGAUUUUGUGAAUGCUUUAUGCUUAUGUGUGCUUAUCUGGUAAGUAUCUUUUUGUUUCAGAAU